UUGACGGUUGGGCGGCUCAAGCGUAUUUCUGGCCUGUUGUUUUGAAGGUUCAGGCCUACGGGAGGAGAGGGGGGUGAGGGUUAAAAUCCGAGUUAAAGAUGGCGGAAAUCGAGGGAGAUGAGACUACUCGGCCCGCUUCUCCGUCGCUGCAAAUCCCAGCGUCCCGCGUUAACGAAUCCGAUAUGGUUGGGUCCGGUUCUGGCAGCCAGACGCCGACCAUGGUGACUUCGGGUCCGCGGAUGGUUCAGAUUGUAAAGUCAGAAUCGGGUUACGGUUUCAACGUCCGCGGUCAAGUGAGUGAAGGCGGCCAGCUGCGGAGCAUUAACGGGGAGCUGUACGCUCCUCUCCAGCAUGUCAGCGCCGUGUUACCCGGGGGUGCGGCGGACCGGGCCGGUAUCGUUAAAGGAGACAGAAUAUUAGAGGUUAAUGGUUUGAGCGUGGAGGGGGCAACACACAAGCAGGUGGUGGAUCUGAUUAGGGCGGGAGAGAGGGAGCUGAUGUUGACCGUACUCUCCGUGCCGGCACAGGAAGCUGAUGGGCUCGAUGCCGGUGAAGAAGGCACUGCAUCAUCUAAUUAUGAUUACGCUGACAAGCAGGCAGUCCCCAUUUCAAUCCCUACGUACAAACAUGUGGAACAGCACUCUGAGAAAUUUGUGGUCUUUAACGUGUACAUGUCAGGCAGACAGCUGUGCUCAAAACGUUACAGGGAGUUUGCAAUACUUAAUCAGAACCUGAAGAGAGAGUUUUCCAACUUUACUUUCCCAAAGAUACCAGGGAAAUGGCCCUUCUCUCUGUCUGAACAGCAGCUGGAUGCACGCAGGAGGGGACUGGAGGAGUAUCUGGAGAGAGUGUGCUCAGUGCGGGUCAUCGGUGAAAGUGACAUUAUGCAAGAAUUUUUGUCUGAAUCAAAUGAAAACCACAAUGGUGUAACGGACGUCGAGUUACGGAUAGUGCUACCUGAUAAAACCACAGUCUCUGUGAGGGUCCGGAAAAAUGGCACCACUGACCAGGUUUACCAGGCUUUGGUCAUGAAAAUUGGAAUGGACAGCAUCAUGGCCAGUUACUUUGCACUCUUUGAGGUUAUUAACCACUCCUUUGUGCGUAAAUUGGCUCCUAAUGAAUUCCCACACAAGCUGUAUGUUCAGAACUACACAUCAGCAGUGCCCGGGACAUGUCUCACAGUACGCAAGUGGCUCUUCAGCACAGAGGAAGAGGAGCUGCUGCGGGACAACCCCCUGGCCCUGCACUACUGCUUUCAUCAGGCACAGGAUGAUGUGAAGAAGGGAUUCAUUAAAGCAGAGGAUAAGGCGUACCAGCUGCAGAAGUUGGCAGAACAGAGGAAGAUGGCAAUGUAUUUGAGUCUUCUGCGCUCAUGUGAGGGGUAUAACGAGGUGAUGUUCCCUCACUGUGCAUGUGACUCACGGAGGAAAGGUCAUGUGAUUACAGCCGUCAGCAUGAAGCAUUUCAAACUGCAUGCCUGCAUGGAGGAUGGCACUUUGGAGAAUCAGGUGAUUGUCUUUGAAUGGUCAGAGAUGCAGAGAUGGGACACCGAUGAGGAGGGUAUGGCCUUCUGCUUUGAGUACGUUCGAGGGGAGAAGAAACCUCGCUGGGUCAAAAUAUUCACUCCUUAUUUUAACUACAUGCAUGAGUGCUUUGAGAGGAUAUUCUGUGAGCUCAAAUGGAGGAAAGAGGUUGAAGAAGAGGCCUCAGACAAAGACAAUAAGAACUGUAGUAAUAAUGAUUACCUCUCCCCACUGGAGCAACAGAAGGGAUGGUGCCACCUAGGGGGUGAGAUUGCAACUUCUUAAAACUCCUCUCUAAGUCCCCCUGUGAAACUGCAUAAAUGGCGCGGGAUUAUCACACUAUAGAGGACCCCCAUAACGACCAUGUUACCACGGCAACACCCCAGCAACGCCAUACCAACCACGUUUCCACUGAGACAAAAGUGUGCCUUUUCAGAUGCAGAGCGUUCCAUAUGGCAGCCACGUCACCAUGGCAACACAAAAGGCCAUUAUGAUCAUCACGAGAUAGACGCAUAAUAAGAUACCAGGCCGUUUCAGCCAGAUUAAAAGCACCAAUGGGAUCUGCUGUCAUUUUAUCAACUUGAACACAAAUGCAUGUAAAAAAACACAUAGGACAAGACCUAGAGUUCUUCUAUGCCUGCCAUUGGUUCAGGAGACAGGCUCUUCUUACAUUCAACUGGUUGGAAUUUCAAGAGCAUGAGCUAAAGAAGGGGUCUAUCGACUCUUGAUCAGGGCAGCACAGUAAAAAACAACACUUUGUGAUUUGGAAUGGCAGCCACUAUAAAGAAAUAUUAAUAUACUGUAUAUGAGAAGAGGAAAGCCAUGCCUUAAAAAAACAUAGAAAAUAAAUUAGUGGAAUAGCACGGUUACAAGACGGAUGAUUGGCAUGGGAGUUCUUUUAGGGGAAAGAUGGCACUGCGUAAUUUUCCCAGUAUUGCUGACUAAAAUAAACUUGGAUAGGGAACACUUUUACAUUUAUUUUAAAAUAAAACAAAAUUAGGAGUAAACAAGUACAUGGAGGCAGUUACAUGGGAGCUUUGUCUUUGCUUUGUGUGUAUGAUUGUGCAUUUAAGGAUAAAAGGAGAAAAAUAGAAAAAGAAAAAAAAAAGAGAGUCAAGAUUACAGACAUUUUGUGUUAAUUUAAGUGUAGUUUUCGCAAGCUACCUGUAGGGGGCGUCCCAUGAAAACAAAAAGGCUUAUGUAUUUGAGCCAUAUUCAUUCCAGUCAGUAUGUGGCUUUGAAAGUGAGUCAGUUUUGUUUUUGUCAGUUUAUUUGUAUUUUGCUUUCGAGGGAACAUGGCUGUACCGUAAACGUGUUCGUUUUAGUGUUAUUUAUCGUCAAAGAAAGAGUGUAGCGGCUUGCCUGGGAUCAGUCAGUUAUCCUGGUUCAGUAGCGUACAUGUUUAUACAAUCUGUAAAAAUAAAGAGAAAUUCAAGGGACAGACUGAGAAUAUUGUGAUCUCAGAAGAGUUUUAACAGUGUUUCCUAACAUGACCCGAGGCCAUUUGUCGCGAUUCAUUUAUACAUUUCCCAUAAUGUGCUUAAAUAACCAAUUUAUUCAGGGUUUUUUCUUUGUUUACCAUCUCUUACUUUUUGUACCACCAACUCAAGAACAGAUAACUUGAAUUUUGCUUGGUGAAAAUAUUUCAACAGCUUGGCCAGGGCUGGGGUGUUGGGGCAUUUGACUACUAAUGACACCCCCUAGUAUCCUAGUAUCACCCCUUUCUUAACAAACAUGCAUGUUUAAUGCAAACCAGAAUCUUUCACAUUCCAUUCCAGCACAAUACUGUGAGAAAUCCACUCAUCCGCAUCCAAAUGCCCUGAUCAAUGAAUGAGAAUGUUUCUGCGUGUGCUGCCGUCUGAUUGCUCUCUGGUUAGAGUCGAGGCUCCCUUUACGACCGCAUAGUAGCAAACAUAAUCUUUAGUCUAAAACCUAUUUACAAAUUCAACUUCAUUUGUGUCUUCAGUCCUGAUGAUGAUUUCCGUGAUUAGUUCAACCAGUCUAUCAAUGUGAAUGAAGAAAAAACAGCUUGUGUAUAUUGUGGUUGUGUAAUUUGUCAUUUUGUCAGGAGUGAAGGUGUGACACUUUUACUGUUCGCAAAUGUCAAAAAUUCCCUAAACUGUCCGACCAUUUAAUGUUCACCAGCGCUAUAAAAAUAUGCAUUGUUUGGUCAGUCUUUCUUAUUUUGUCACUGUGCAGGAAACUAGAAUAUGAAUGUACCAGAAUGUUUUUAACAUGGAGAAUUAUUAAUAAGAAUGCUUUUUGUUAUUAACGUAAAAUUGCAUCAUUUUAAGAUCAUAAUUAUACUUAAAUUUAAAACUUAAGACACUAACCCACUGUUAGCCUCAUUCUGAGUGUUUUUGCUUCAAGGAAUGUUCUAGAUUCAAUCAAAGUUAAGCUCAAUCUACAGCAUUUGUGUCGAAUUGUUGAUCGCCAUGAAAAUUAAUUUCAACUUGUCCCUCCUUUUCUUAAAGAAAAAAAAAAUCUGGGUUACAGUUCGGCACUUUCAAGGGAAGUGAGUCGAAAUAGUUUUUUGUGGUAAUCAACAUUAUGCCACAAAUGCUGUCAAUUGAGCCACUAUUAGUGAACCCGGAAUAUUCCUUUAACUUUAGGGCUGACCUGAAAAGUAUUAAUUUGAGUGUUUCACCACGUGUUAAGGAAAUCUGUAUUUGAGUCAAGAGGGACGACUGAUGAGUGAAAGUUUAACUGCUAUUUGUCUGUAUUCUGCACUUCAUCUGUAAAUUUACUGUUUAUGUGUAGUACUGACACAGUCUUUGUAGGCUUUCUGACAAAAUAAAAACAUUAAUUUAUUUUUCUGCUAAAUCAAGGGCAUUGAAAAGGCCUUUGCUGUUGUGAGUUUCGGGAGGGGCUUUGUAUGAAAAAAGAUAUAGGCCUUAUGCAUAAGUGAAGGAGAUAAAGAGGGUGCAUUAUUUCAUGUAGCCUAGCUAAUGGCAUAAAUUUACAAUAUCGGGAUACAUUAGUUUUAUAUCUAAAGUGUGUGAAGGUUAAACUAACUAGUUAUCAAAAAAAAUUUAAGAAACAUAAUGUAGGUUGAAACAUUGUAACAUACUAUUUUAAAUAAAAUUAUCUAUUGAGAAAUGUGUUUCAUUCUGGGGUU